AUGCUCUGGACUCGUCUCCUGCUCAGCGGCCUCGCCUUGGCCUCGGGCCUGGUCGACGCCCGUGCCAUUGUCGAGAAACUGGGCUUCGACUUCACGCCCAACCUUCUCGCGCGAGAAUUCCUGAAUAUCACGUCUCCUCUGAAGCCGUUGGAAUCCAGCGGCAUCACCAGCAACCCGCGCUGCAACCCACCAUGCGGUGCUUGCGGCAGCUCCUGCUCGAUCUCGUCAGCCUUCAAGAAGCGGAGCCUGGUUGAUGCGGUGGUCUCCAACACCACCUCAGCACCAGAGACGACAAACAGAUUGGUCAAGCGUGUGCUCCCGAACGUCCAGCAAGAGGAAAUCGGCAGAUACCUAACACGGGCUAUCUCACGCCUCAAGAACCCGUACAGGCACAGGAACACCAACCAGAUCAGUCUUGCAUAUGCCAAGAAAGAGUUUUCCGACUACACGGAAAGCGAUGUCCUCAACAUCGGUUCGGAACAGCUCACCGGCUGCACGGUGAUCACGCUCGUCUCAAGAGAGGCAGUGUACAUGGUCUGUCCCAAAAUGUCCGCCUUUCCGUUCCUUUCUCUCUCUAACAGGCUCUGCAAGGCGCACAUCUGGGAGACUUUGGCUUUCAUUCCCAACUGGAAGAAAGACCCCAAUGACAGUGACAUCGAUGAGGAUGCCGCCUUUGAGGAGAACUGCAUCAACCUUCUCACCAAGAAGAGGAACAGAUGGAAGGCCAAAGGCACGCCUAUCACGCCGGAACUGUACGCAGGUAAGACUCCGUACCUGUUCAUCAUGACCCCGCGCGCGGAUCCGGAUCUGGACGACGCCGGCAAUGCGCAGGUUCCCUCCUUCGAUCAGCAGCGGUACCCGGGACGCAUUGCCACCAUCGUGAGCACCAUCAGAGAUCGGCUGGGCGAACAACCAACCGUAGUUUUCUACAAUUAUCUGCCGCCGGAGGAGGAGGACGACCCCGCCGAGACCUCGUACCAGGGGAAGGUGCUGUUUGAGUUGGAUGCCAACGCAGAUGGUAACGGCCGGGCCAACUUCCGCCUCUGGUACGAGGAGGCCACGGAGAACGGAUGGGAUCUAGGGCUGAUGUGA